AAUGCAAAUUCAGAAUCUCACGAAAUUCACAAUUCUGAUCCUCCACCGCCGCAAUGGAUCGUUGAUGCCACUUACACCGAUAAUGUGGAAACCACAGGAUGGGCUGUUGGAGAAUUCACGACUAAUCCAGAUGUGGACCCGCAUUUGCAAGCCUACGGUGCCGGAUAUGCUGAAGGAUAUAUAACGUCCGAGAGAAUCGAGCAGACGUGGAACAACACAUUGAAAGGUUACUGCGACUCGAUUCCGUUGAGUAAGUCAUGUGUGAAAAUCCAUGAUUUCGUGCAAGACAAUAUCCAGUGGAUGCUAGACAUGAUCAAAAAGAAUCCUGACGAUAAAUUCUGGGAUGAAGUUAAUAAAGGUCUCCUGCAAGUCCAAGGUUUAGAAGAUGGAUAUAAGAAUCUUGCGGUUUACAACCCUACGAUUCGUCUCAAACCGUUUGGUUUCUAUCUCUUUCAACUUGGAGGAGAUUUAGAGGAUUUAGAAGUCGCUUUGGAAGUUGAAGAGCCGUUAAAACAUCGAGCAGUCGGGUCUGGGCAUUGCUCUGCUCUCGUGAAAAUAGUCACGGACAAAACUGGCAAACAGGACCUAUUUUCUGCGCAUGAUACGUGGUCAUCGUUCGAAAGUAUGCUUCGUAUUAUGAAAAGAUAUAAUUUUGGUUCUCAUUCGGAAUCAUUUUCUGGUUACCCUGGUUCAGUAUUUUCCGGCGAUGAUUUUUACAUUCUUGCAACUGGAUUGGUAACCAUGGAAACUACAAAUGGCAACUCGAACUCUGAUUUGUGGAAAUACGUCACACCAGAAACUGUCCCUGAGUGGUUGAGAAACAUUGCAGCGAACCGUCUUGCUAAAAAUGGGGAAGAAUGGUGCGAAAUAUUUUCAAACUAUAACAGUGGAACGUAUAACAACCAAUGGAUGAUUGUGGACUAUAAUGAAUUUGAGAAACAAUCAAAAACCGGUGUUUUGUACGUCCUGGAACAACUCCCUGGUGAAACAGUCUUCGAUGACGUCUCAAAUGUUCUUUUUAAUCAAACAUACUGGGCAAGUUACAACAUUCCAUAUUUCCCGGAAAUAUUCAAGGAUUCUGGUCAACCAGCGAUGGUGGCAAAAUAUGGCGACUGGUUCACACACGACAAAAAUCCUCGUGCUAAAAUAUUCGCUCGAGACCACAAGAAAGUUGUCGACAUGGAUAGCUUGAUUAAAUUAAUGAGAUACAAUGAUUUCAAAAAUGACCCGAUCUCGAGAUGUAAUUGUACCCCACCCUACAGUGCAGAAAAUUCAAUCGCAGCUCGUUGUGAUUUGAAUCCAGCAGAUGGCGUGUUUCCGUUCGGAGCUUUGAAGCAACGUGACCAUGCUGCGACUGACGUAAAAGCAACUUCGUAUUCGUUACAAAAAGUUCUUGGCAUGAUGGCAGAAUCCGGCCCAACCCACAAUCAACAACCAGUCUUCGAGUGGUCGAAAUCACCGUACGCAAAUGUAUCUCAUCUUGGAAUGCCUGAUAGGUUUGAUUUUAGCCCUGUACUGUUUGUAUGGGAUAAAUAAUGAGUUUAAUUUAAGCCCUGUGUUGUUUUUAUGAAUAAAUAAAGUUGAAUCUAUGUUGAAGUUUUAAGAUUUUAAACUACAUUUGCCAUUUUAUCAUUAUUAAUCAUAGUUUUUAUUCUGAUCUGUCUGUGUUGGUUUAUAAAUGCUCAAUUAUCAUCUAGUGUUCAUUGUGCCUUUGCUCUUAGCAAUUUUUUGAUAAGCAUCCUUUCAGUAUGAAUCUACUAAACUAUUUUAU